GCCUUCCCAGUUUCCAAUUGCCAGUUUCAUAUGCAAAAUAGCGAGGAACUACAUCAAAGUUGACACUUUAACCGAAAUCAAGCUGUAUGGAAAAGCUUCUCUUUAUACCUCGAGAUAUCGACAUUUAUAAUGUAAAGAUCGAUAACGAACCUACCUAAGCGAUCAAUGCCGAUACUUCCAGACGACAAAUGUGACGACGCCUGUGUCAUGCCAGGUCAUCAAAACCGCUCUUUGAGCUCUGCAUCACUCUCGACGCUCGCUUUCUCCUCAAUUCCCUUAAUUCUAACAUUCCUCGUUGUUAGUCUCGUCGUUCUCCAGAAGCUGUUCCCGUUAGUAGCUGGCCUACAACAACCCAAGGAAGAUCAACUUCAUUAUCUUCCUAGCAAUGCCCCUCCCAGCUUGCGACAAUCUCAUAAAGAACAUGGUCAAAAGACUGGGAGGAGAAAGGCUAUCGCUAUCUCAUUUUCAACCACGAUUGCGUUGGCGACUGUUCUCGCCGAAUUGAUCCUUUGCGAAAUCUCGAAUUACCUCAAUCCCGCAGCAAGGGCGUUUGCGCUCAAGAUAACUGUUCCUACACUCCUCUUCUUACUUGUUGUUCUUAUACCACUUCUCGAACUACAAUCGAUUAUCACGGGGCUUGGGUGGACAUUUACUGCGUCGAAGAAAGGAGGGUUUUCAAUAAUUGCCUGGCUUCUUCAAGCUGUUGGUUUUACAAUAUGGUUGAUGGGAUUCUGGUGGUUGGGAAAAGGAAUACCGGGAACAUAUAUCCAUACAAUGGCAUCUGUACCUGGAAAGGGACUUAGCGAAGCUUGCUUGGAUAGGGUUGGCAUCAUUGGUAUUUCCCUGAUGGCACUUCUUUCUGGUUUCGCGGCUGUCUCUGCUCCUUGGCAAACAUUUGGAGCAAAGCCAAAACCUGUUUCGGAAGCUGAUAUUGCCCGCAAACAAGCAGGUCUAGACGCUACGAAUGAUAUGCUGGCUGCAAAACGAAGUCGGCUAAGGGCUCUUCAGCGCAAAGUUAAUGAUCAUCCAGCUGAAGGAUUCAUGACGAAGGUUAUUGGAAGUAUACGGGGAAAUGCUGACGUACAAGAGUUGAAGUCUCUGGAGUUGGAAAUAUCCGGACUUUCAUCUAUGUCCCUAGGCCUUUCGACUUCACUAUCAAUGCUGCAAAAUCGUUACGCAUCAAGACAACGAUCCUCUUCACCUCUCGGUAAAAUCAUCUUCACGCCAAUUUCUUAUGCCUUUUCACUAUAUUGUAUAUAUCGCAUUGGAACAACCACUUUGGCCGUAUUUCGACGUCUUACUUCGCCAGCCGAUCCAUCUUUCUUCAGUUCAUCAACUACGGAUCCUGUCAACCGUAUUCUUUCUCUAUUUGCCAAGCACGUGAAUCCAACUAUUGAUCAACUGGCAUGGUCUCGCCAAAUAUCCUUCAUCCUAUCAGCCGUAAUCCUCUUCGCUUCUUUCAAUUCUGUACUUCAGACCUUCCAUAUGCUCACCAAAAUCUGUCCCUCGCUCCUCUACCAGGCUCAAGCUAACAUGGCACUCAUCCUUGCACAAAUCAGCGCGAUGUUUGUGAUAUCCAAUGCAUUACUUAUGAGAAGUAAUCUUCCAUCUGAGAUGAAAAGUGUGGUGAGCGAUGCAUUGGGUAGUCCAUUAGAGCCUGGAUUCGUUGAUACUUGGUUUGAGGGGUGGUUUUUAGUUGCUAGCCUCGGAACUGCUGUAGGAAUUUUCGUGGGCAAAAAGAUCGGCGGCGGUUCGGGAUCCGAUUGGGAUGACGAGUAUGAAGGUGAUUUGGAGUUAGGACAAAAGCAAUCUUGAGUUACUCGAAUGGUUCUGAUCUUGGGUCCAAAUUUGAAUUAGGUAUUAGUCAGGACUAAUACUUUGUGGUUGCGGAUGUACUGUACUUUUAUUGGAGUUUGGACAAGUGAGCGUUCGGUUUAGACGGCUCGGUAUACCUAAAGUGGGUGUUUUUUUAUUUGAUAUUCCCCGAAUAUCUAUUAAGAGAAGGCGGUUGGUGCAUGUUUCAACGAAUGAUGGGUGCGGCGAGAAGUGAGGAGUCAUAUUUAUACUUUACUUGCAUGGAUUAGCGAUGAUGAGUUUUACAAGGUGAUGUACGAUCAAGAAUUUACUGGAUAUGGACUGAAUGGCGAAUAUUAUUCCCUGCUUGAGCAUACCUAUCAAGCUUUUCAUUAGGAAGUCAGACGUCUUUCUUUCCGUGCAAUGCAUUCUUCUAGUCUAGAUCAACGUUUGCGGAAAGUUUGUGAAGAAAACUCAUGGGGAGUAAAAGGCUAGUGCGUGUUGCCCCAUCAAAUUUAAAUGAGGAAUUAGUAUGAAUCUUUACGUUGUUUUUAAGUGGUGAAGGAUGCUACGCUUAUUCCUAAAUUGUGAUAGCAU